CCCACCGAGGAGGGCUGCGUGGAGUUCAGCUACCCGGAGCUGCUGCUCUGCAGGGAGGCGCGGAAGAAAUCUGUUCACUCAGAAGAUCCUGUUAAUGAUGAACAACGUGAGCGGCAUGAAGUGGAAGCACUAGCCAAGAAGUUUGAGGCAAAAUAUAGUGGAAAGCCCCACAAACAUCGGAAGGAUCGCCUGCAGGAUCUAAUUGAUAUAGGUUAUGGCUAUGAUGAAACAGACCCUUUCAUUGAUAAUUCUGAAGCAUAUGAUGAAUUGGUUCCUGCAUCCCUGACAACCAAAUAUGGAGGGUUUUAUAUCAACACUGGUACCCUGCAGUUCCGCCAGGCAUCUGACUCAGAGGAUGAUGACUUUGCAGAGGACAAAAAGCAUAGGCCACCGAAAAUAGCAAAGUUAAAAGAAAGUGAAGAUCGUGGAAUGAAGAAGCGCAAGCGGAAAGAUGAAGGGAUGGAAAAGGAGAAGAAGCCUCGGAAAAUGAAAGUUCCUAAGCAGUUGGGAGUAAUGGCCUUAAAUUCACACAAGUCUGAAAAGAAGAAAAAGAAAUUUUAUAAAGAUUCGCUCUCUCUGGCUGCCAUGAUCCGUAAAUUUCAAAAGGAGAAGGAAGCCAUGAGGAAGAAGGAAUCUAGUCCAAAACCUCCAGUGACUAUUGCGACCUCUACCCCUAGUAAAAUUCCUUCUUCCUCUCUCAGUGCAGGAAAUGAUAUCUCUGACUUGAAUCUUAAGAUCAGCGAUCCUGUCCUCUCCAUUUUUGGUAGCACAAAUGAACGUGAUCUCCUGCAAGAAACUGAAAGUGCCCUGGAGAUGUUGGGAGACAUUGACUUUGACAAGUUGCUUGAUGGCACUUCUGAUGGCAGCCCAGUAUCUGAGCUGUCAGGAGAAAAUGGAAAUGUCACUCAUGCAACCUACACCUCUCAGGUCAUGACACCCAAGCAGGUGCCUGCCCUCCCAGAAGGUCUGCCUAUGCUACUUGAAAAGCGCAUUGGAGAUCUUCGAACAGCUGCCAAGAUGUUUGAUGAAGAAGGCAGGAAGAAGUUUUUCACACAAGACAUGAAUAAUAUUCUGCUGGAUAUUGAGCUACAGUUACAGGAGAUAAAUCCUGCCAUCCGCAAUGGAGUGUACUCUCACCUUGAGGCUUUUGUGCCAUGCAAUAAGGACACACUGAUAAAGCGUCUGAAGAAGUUACACCUCAAUGUCCAGGAUGACCGCUUGAGAGAACCACUGCAGAAGUUGAAACUAGCUGUCAGUAACGUCAUGCCUGAACAGUUAUGCAAAUAUCAAGAGGAUUGUCAGGCCCGUAACCUAGCUAAGAAUGCCAAGUUGCAAACAGAAGAUGAACGAGAGAAAAAUGGAUCAGAGGAAGAUGAUGAUGAGAAACCUGGAAAGAGGAUUGUGGGGCCCAGAAAGAAGUUUCAUUGGGAUGACACAGUAAGAUCUUUGUUGUGUAAUCUUGUCAAGAUCAAGCUAGGAUGCUAUGAACUAGAGCCAAACAGAAGUCAGUCUGCUGAAGAUUACCUCAAGACCUUUAUGGAAACAGAAGUGAAACCACUUUGGCCUAAAGGCUGGAUGCAGGCAAGGAUGCUUUUUAAGGAAAGCCGGAGUGUUCACAAUCAUCUCACUUCUGCUCCGGCAAAGAAGAAAGUGAUUCUGGCACCUAAAGCCAAAGUGAAGGACUCUAGUCCAAAGAAAGAACAGAAAACCUGUAUAUCUUCAGUUAAUUCAAGUUGUGUUACUGCAUUGAGUACCGGUGCACCUGUCUGCACCCCAUCCAGCUCUAGCUGCACACCAGCUCCAGAGACUAUCUGCUUGGACGACUCACUGGAUGAAGACCUUUCUUUCCACCCGCCCUCACUGGACUCUAUUUCUGAUGCUCUUGCAGUUAUCAAUAAUGGUGCCAAGGGAUCUCCUCUUGGGUCCACUAUAGAGACACCAACAUCCAGACCUCGCCCUGGGCUGAGGGAAGAGAAACUGGCAAGCAUUAUGAGUAAGUUGCCUUUGGCAACUUCUAAGAAAGUAGAGCCCGCUCAAACACCCCACUCAUCAAGUCUUAUUGCUGGUCACACAGGGCCAGUACCAAAGAAACCCCAGGACUUAGUUCACACUGGUAUCUCUUCAGGCCUUAUUGCUGGAUCUUCAAUUCAAAAUCCUAAAGUUUCCUUAGAGCCUUUGCCAGCCAAGCUACUUCAGCAAGGACUACAGAGAUCAAGCCAGAUCCAAGCUGCUGCUGCUUCUUCACAGACUCAUGUUUCUUCCUCUAAAACCCAAGCAGCUAUUUCUACCACCUCUCAAAGACCCAAGGAUGCUAACUUCUUGGUAUCAUCUUCUGAGGUUCAAGGUGGUUCUUCAACGUCGCAAAUGACAAAGGUGCACCAGCAUUCAGCUAUACAGCAGAAAUAUGUAUCUCCUUUACAAGCAACUAUUAGUAAAUCACAGACCAAUCCAGUGGUGAAGUUGAGUAGUAAUCCUAAACUGUCUUGCUCAUCACCAGUCAUCAAAGCUCAAGAGAAGUCUGUAGUGUAUCGCCUGCCUUUGUCUAAUCCCUCAUCUGGAAGUGGCUCUCAAGUAUCUCACCCACUGGUUUCUCGGACAACAUCCAGCACCUCUACCUCUAGUAACUAUUUAGCUAAGGCUAUGGUGUCGCAGGUUUCUUCCCAGGGUUUCAAGCCUCCCUUCUCCAUGGCUGCCUCUCCCAAACCUGCUGCCUCUCCCAAACCCACUGCAUCAAAGCCCUCUGUGACACCUAAGCCCAAUGCAUCCCCUAAGUUUUCAUCUAAGUCCACCUCAUCCCCCAGGCCUGCAGCAACACCCAGUUCUUCCAGUUCAAGUGCACUAGUUUCCCAGAGUAGUCACUCCAGCAACACUCCCCUACAUAAACAGACCAGUGGUGUAAAUAUCAGUAGGCAGUCUCCCACAAUGAAUUUGCUGCCCUCUAAUCGCACCUCAGGCCUUCAGCCUGCAAAGAACCCUCAGGCUUCUUCAAAAUUGCCCAACUCUUCUCCUUCUGGAACUGUUGGUAAAACUAAUUUGGGUGGAGUUGGAAUGAAUGUACCUGCCAGCAGAGGCAGUAACCUUAACUCAAGUGGAGCUAGUAGGACUAGUCUGUCUGGGGGAGCAGGAAGUGGAACACAGGGUGCUACUAAACAAUUGUCAACUCCACACAGACCAUCUUCUGCCUCAGGGUCUCCAGUUGUAGCAGCCAGUGUGCAGUCAACAGCAGGAGCAUCAUUACUGGCUAACGCCUCACCUCUGACUCUCAUGGCAUCACCCCUGUCUGUAACCAGUCAGAACGUGACAUCUGCACCAUUAACUCCUUUUGGGAUGCUGGGUGGCCUUGUUCCUGUGACUGUGCCCUUCCAGUUUCCCUUGGAGCUGCUUGGCUUUGGGACGGACACAGCUGGAGUGACAACCACCUCGGGAUCUACCUCAGCGGCUUUCCACCACAGCCUAACUCAAAACUUACUGAAGGGUUUACAGCCAGGUGCUCAGCACGCAGCAGCGUUAUCUCACUCACCUCUACCUGCUCACUUGCAGCAAGCUUACACAGAUGGAGGCCAAAGUAAAGGGGACACUAAGUUACAGCGGAAAAACCAGUGACUUCUGGACAAGCAAGGGAGCUGAAGCAGUUCUGGUUGGCUGACAGAAUCUGCCCAGUUGGGGAAGUGCUUAUUUGUCACAGGGCUGCUGUUUCUGUCAAUGUUUACAUAUUCUGAUCCCAAGCACUGUGGUGAGAGGAAGAAGAAAAAGAAAACAAUACUUGAUCAAAGAGAGAAGGAAAAAAGGGGGACUGGUCCUCCUCCUGGUCAUGCAGACUGGUCGUAGUUUGAUCUCGCCUAAAGAAACAAACUUUUUUUCAUUGUUCUGAUUGGCUUUUAAAAGAAAUUGAUUGUCAAACCCACAGCAGCACAAACAUUUUUUUUUUCUGGGUAAUCUUCAAUAAAGAGUUGAAAUAAUGAGAGGAGCUAGAAUAGGUUUCUCCAUCUAUUGCAUGAGGUGAAGUCAUCUACUUUAUUAGUUCCUGAAGUGCCCGCUAUAAGAUUGUAUGUAGGUCCUGAGUGUACCAUAUGGUUUUGGGCCAAAGGUUGUGUAGAGUAGAGGUGGUGCUGGGAUACUUUGCAUUGUAUUUAAAAACUUACAGAAAUGCAGGUUCUGAUGUAGGCAUUCUUCCAGCUUUACAAGGCUGUUUGGCUGUAGAGAGCCUACAUUAAUCCCAAGGAGCUGUCUUCAAAAACAGAUCUCCUGGUACAUGAGAUGUGAGAGACUACUAGGAAACCAUUUGAUCCUUGCUUUUUUUUUCUUUUUCUUUUUUCUUGAUCUUACUCAAGGGAGGAAAGAUGUUUGGAAAUUUUUCAUCUUACAGAAAAGGAAAAGCCACAUAUUAUUAGUCAGCUAGCGUUUCUUUCCUACAUCUGUUUUUUAAAGGCAUUCUAUGAUUUUUUUCUGUCUCUGUUAAAUUUUGUUUUCCCUUCCCUUUUGUUUAUCCUACUAAAAUUAAGUAGUGUUCUAUCGCAUCUUUACCCAUUUUAGAUCUUUCUCAUCUUUCGGGCAACUGCUCCCAAAAGCCAUGCAUUAUCAUGAUUUGCUAGUAAAGGAAAGCGGAAUGUGACUUACUUACUCCAGAGCCAAGUUGAUAUUGCUUCAGGCAUUAGCCAAAGAGGAGUCGUUCAAGAGCGACCAGAGGUGCCUUCUCUUCCGGGGGCUGAUUGGGUUGCCUCCAGCAUUUCUAGCCCCUGCUGGCCUGAAGAGUUUCCAACCUGAACUCCUCCUUACAUGGUAGCACAAGAUGGCAAAGCUGGCUUUUUUUUUUUUUUUUUUAAUAGCAAUACAUGGACUGGUUCAUUUGUAAGAUUAGGAAGUAUCCAGCACAUGUUGCACUUUUGCCACUAGAACAGAACUAUGCUGUUGAGUCCCUUGUGCUGUCAGAUAAAAGGUGAGAAUAGCAGAAACUAAAAUAAACCAUAAGGAGAAAGAAGCAACUAAAAUGGCAUUAUGUCCUUCUCCUUCAACCCUGAAACAUUCCUUUGAUCAGAGAUGCUGAAAUUCUUAAUACCUAGUCUUUCCAGUAGUUUGAGGUGAGUUUGAGCCAAUGACUACAGGUUGUCUCACCUUCCAGAGAUACUUUGACUCACGGAUAAGGAAUCUUCAGUGUUUUUUGCUAGAUUAACUUAUAGCUUUCAGGUUACUUUUACAUGUGACUUAUUUUUCUUAGACCAGAGAACAAUUUCUUUUCUAUUUAGAGCUCAUUUUAAUUUUAUAUAAAAAUAUAUAUAUACAUGAAUCUAAAAUAAUAUAUAUUGUGUAUUUAGUAUAAAAAUGUUGGGUUGAGCUCAGCAAUAAAUGUUUUUGCACAACACUUCUGUAAAAGACACAUUGAAUUAAAAUAAGAUACAUUAGUUCUUGAAUUUCACUCAGUAGCGUCAGCCAGUUAGAUGCUUUUUAGAUAAUGCUAAUGUUUUGUAUGUGGCAUGUUGAUUAGAUGAGCUUGCAUCUCAGUCAAGGUUAUUUAGAGUUGAAACAUACAGCUACACAGACUCUUGCAUUCCUAAUAAUAUGCGUAUUCUGUUGAACAUUAAAUCCCACAAGCUAUGUAGAGUACAACUUUAUCUGAUUUUCUUUCUUUUCUCCAGGAAGGGUUGAAGGAAGAGAAGUUUUUGGAAGCCUAACAAUGUUAAUUCUCUGAAUUCUGUCAAACCUGGUACAUUUUAAUAAUGCAAGUAGCUAAGGGAGUUGCAGCAGUGAGCCAUCAAGCAGCAAUAUAUUAAAAACAAAUAAAACACCAUCACAACAACAAACCACACUAAAACCAAACCAAAACAAACAAACAAAAAACAAACCAAACAACCCUGUCCUAAGAGUUCUACCUCUUCUGUGUUUUCUUCAUCAAGGCAUCUCAUUCAAAUUGGCAUCUUUUGUCUUCGUAGUUGCUUCAUGAAAUUUUCUACUGGGAGACUUACAGUAACAGCACAAAUUUCCUUUCAGUAUCCCUCUCUUCCUGGAAGUAUGCCUCACCUUCAAUUGAGGGGUAUCUACUCCAAAUCUUGAGGGUAGGACGUCAUCCUGUCUGUGUGGCCUGUUGAGUCUUGAGGAAUGAGUGAGCUGGUGAAAAUAGGUAGGAAGGUGGCAAGCAUGAAGAUGACCAUACAUUCUUCCUGAAGCAAGUUCAGACAGUCCACUGGAGGCUAGCUGUUUUCAGUUGUUAUAUUCCUGAGCUGCUUGGAAUCAGCAGCAUAGUAAUGAACGGAUCUGCAUUGCCUUUUCCCUAUUCAUCUGUGUUAAGUCAAGCAAGGCCAAAUUAAAGGAAAUAACAGAGUGGUUCUGAAUGACCUUUGCAGGUUGCACAAACAGGAUGGGGAAGUGAAAAAUUUCUGCAAUGUCCAGAUGCAAAAUUAAUUUGAUAUUUUACUAUUUUCUUCACAGCAGCUCUCCUACGGUCAUUUACCCCCAGAUUUUUACUCCUUUUUAAGGGCCUUUGGUAAUAAAUACACUGUAGUUGUACUUAUUAAAUAACCCUCAGUAUUCACAAGCAAUAAGAAAGCCAAGUAGAGCUGUCUUUUCCAGGCAGCAGGGCUGAACUCAGUUUGGGGUCUGUACAUGAGCUACCACGUCAAGCUCACUGAAAGCCCUAAACAAAUGCAAGCAAUAAUUUCAGACACAGGCUUUAGAUGUUAAAACUCUCUAGGUAAUGUUUUCUGCAACAUGAUCCAAAGUCCCAAAAGCCACGGUAGCUAUUUUAAAUCCUUUUGAGACAUUUGCAAAGUAAAAAGAAGGUGGCAGGCUAGAUGAAAAAUGGGCUGCAAAAUUUCUGAUACCUUGGACUAUUACUUCGGUAUUCUCUUACUCCAAGAUGCUAACGGCCUAAAUCACUUUGUCCAGCCUUGUCAGUUGAUUCAAGACAUGACUAUUACUGAAUUAGUAAGUCACAAGUGUGGAUGCUGUGGGUUUCACAUCUGUUUUCUGCUAAUCAGAAGUAACUUUUAAUUGCCUGGGUUCUGCUUCUUGUUUGAAUCCAAUCAGAAUUGUCUGAUGCACAGAUCUGGGGGUGGGACAGGUGCCAAGAGCCUGUUUCAGUCCCUCAGUUUCAUUACCUGACCCUUCCUCCACACUCCUUCUCCACUUGGUGCAAGAUCCUUGAGGACAUGAAAACAGAGAAAUCCUGCAAUCUCCCAGUCUGACAACAGUUGUGUGAACCAUUAACCCUCUUGGAGUCGUCUUGGACCCCAACUAACCUUAUCACAUUUGCUGCUACAUUCAUAAAAUGAACUUUUUGGCUGUAUUUAUUAGCAAAAUUUAAUCUAGUUUACAGUUUGUUUUCUUUUGAGUAGUUUUUGCCCACAGAUGGAUUAGAGGUGUUGGGGUAUUUGGGUUGUGGUUGUUUUUGUGUUGUUUUUUUUUUUAGUGGGUUGUUGUGGUUUUUGUUUGUUUUUUGUUGUUGUUGUUGUUGUUUUUGAGUGAAUUGUUAAAGGCACAGUAGUCCCUCUCCUGUUUUUGUUCUGGAAGUUGGUUUUUGUUUUUUUUGCAGAUGGCGUUGCAGGAAAGCCUGCUGUUAGGCCAAGCCAUGGAAGGAUUCCUCCCACACCUAGCUUUCAUCUUUUGCUGAACUGGGGGGGAAAUCACUAAAGGGACACUGGUUUUUUCUUUCAUAAAAUGAUGCAGAAAGUUAAAGCAGUAGGUAAAUGACUGAUUAAUUAACACUUUAUGCAAUUUUAAUUUUGAAAAAACUUUAAGUUGGUAGCUUUUUUGAUUGGCCCGAGCUCUGGUGAAGUGGCUGUUACCCUCCAUGACUUACUUGAUUCAGGCCUUUGUCCUUUGUUUAAGUGCCUUUUUUUAUUUUAUUCCCCUACCCUCUUUAAACUGUUCUCAGAGAUCCUGAAGUGCUGGAAGGCAUUUUGGAGGAAAAUCUUAAGCUUGCCAAGAUGGCUUUAUGCUGUUAUACUAUUUUUC